AUGCAUGCACCAUCGCAGAUCCAUCAGCUACGAUCAGAAUGCCGCACCACGGCUCGGGGAAAUGGAGGGAUGAGAAGGGAGAGAGUGGUGGAGGGAGAAAAAGGGGGUAAAGGGGGGAGGGAGAGUGAGAGGGCAGGUCAGUGGCUUGUCGACAUCCUUCCGGGACCAAAGCUUCAGACUGACAGGGAGAAAGAGAGACAGAGAGAGGGGGAAUGGAAGAGGAUGAGCGGACAGGCUGGUAUGAUCAGGAUGGAGCAAGAGGAGUUUUUUAUCGAGCCGGUGGAGGGGGGUGACGGAGUGAUAGAGGAGGAGGAGGAGGGAGGAGGAGGAAGGACACACAUCGUCUACCGCUCCUCAGCUGUAAAGAAAGCGCCCAUCAGCAGCACGGCGGCAGACUACCACUCCAGAGAUGCUAGCAGCGGCGUUAACGGUCUGCUGUCCGAGCCACUCAUCACCAUGACAACCCAUAAAGCUGUCACCGGAGAGACAAGAUGUCCGUGCCCUGAGCUAUGUGACCAAGACGUGCCUGUGAAUGAAAUCUACCAUGACCAGUCUUUGGGAGCAAAGAUCAACGUGGUGCUGGUGCGAAUUAUCAUGCUGGGUUACGGCAAGUCCAUGAGUCUGAUUGAACUGGGGAACCCCUCUCAGAGUCUGGAGAACGUGUGUCGUUGGGCAUUCCUGCAGCAGAAGCAGGACACGGGGGACGCCGAGUACCACGAUCACGCCAUCUUCCUCACACGGCAGGAAUUUGGGCCGACGGGGAUGCAGGGUUACGCCCCAGUGACGGGCAUGUGCCAUCCAGUGAGGAGCUGCACUUUGAACCAUGAGGACGGUUUCUCCUCUGCCUUUGUAGUGGCACACGAGACUGGACACGUGCUGGGGAUGGAGCAUGAUGGUCAGGGCAACCGCUGUGGAGAUGAGGUGCACAUGGGCAGCAUCAUGGCUCCGCUGGUGCAAGCUGCCUUCCACCGCUUUCACUGGUCCAGAUGUAGCAUGCAAGAGCUGGGACGCUACCUUCAUUCCUAUGAUUGUCUCCGUGACGACCCCUUCGACCACAACUGGCCAUCGCUGCCCCAGCUUCCCGGUUUGCACUACUCCAUGAACGAACAGUGUCGCUUUGACUUCGGUGUGGGCUACACGAUGUGCACCGCGCUACAAAAGGCGGGCCAGUCAGGAACGCAGUAUCGCACAUUUGACCCAUGUAAGCAGCUGUGGUGUAGCCACCCAGACAAUCCCUUCUUCUGCAAGACCAAGAAAGGACCACCCAUCGAUGGCACCAUGUGCGGGAAUGGGAAGCAUUGCUUUAAAGGUCACUGCAUCUGGUUGACACCUGACAUCAUCAAGCAAGAUGGAAACUGGGGCUCAUGGAGUGAGUUUGGCCAGUGCUCCCGCACCUGUGGUGGAGGGGUACAGUUUCGCACACGCGACUGUGACAAUCCUAGACCAGCCAACGGAGGCCGUACCUGUGUGGGGGCAACUUACCAGUUCCAGAUGUGCAACACCAAUGAGUGCGAGGAUAUCUACAGCGACCCCCGAGAGGAGCAAUGCCACGCUUGGGACCCCCGCUUUGAAAUCCACAGCAACAACAAGCACCACUGGCUGCCUUAUGAACACACAGACCCUAACAAACGCUGCCACCUGCAUUGCAAAUCCAAGGAGACACGAGAUGUUGUCUUCAUGCAGAGAAUGGUCCUGGACGGCACGCGCUGCUCGUACAAGGACCCGCACAGUGUGUGCGUGCGUGGGGAAUGUGAGAAAGUGGGCUGUGACGGUGUGGUGGGCUCCUCAAAGCAGGAGGACAAGUGUGGAGUGUGUGGAGGAGACAACUCCAACUGCAAAACCUUCAAAGACACCAUCACGCGUACUGCCAAGAAACAAGGUUUCCUCAAAGUUCUUGAAAUUCCCAGAGGAGCGAGACAUUUACUGAUCCAAGAGCUGAAAGCAACCUCACACACGUUAGCUGUAAAGAACGUGGCAUCAGGACUGUUCUUCUUGAACGGGGAAAACGAAUACCCAGAAUCCCACUCGGUCAUAGAGAAGGGCGUGGAGUGGGAAUACGAGAAUGACAAAGACAAGGAGACGCUUCAGACCACCGGUCCUCUCAGACAUGGAAUUCUGAUAAUGAUGAAAUUACACGGCGAUGAGGAUGUGAAUUUGUCUUAUAAGUACAUGAUGAACAUGGACAGUGACAGUGCCAUUCAGAACAACAUGCUGGUAGAGGACAGUGCCUAUGAGUGGGCUCCAAAGAAAUGGUCCUACUGCUCCAAGGUCUGCGGAGGAGGGAAGCAGUACCUGCGAUACGGCUGCAGAAGAAAAGUCGACAGUAAGAUGGUCCACAAGAGCUACUGUAACAAAUCCAACAUGAAACCUAGAGGAGACACCAGAGACUGCAACCAGAAGCCCUGCCCUCCACCCAUCUGGGUGACAGGGGAGUGGCAGAACUGCAGCAAACCAUGUGGAAAGACAGGGAUGCAAGUCCGCUCGGUCAGCUGUGUCCAGCCGUCAGAUGACAACACCACGCGCGCCAUCCACAAUAAACACUGCAACGACGAGCGGCCCGAGACCCGCAGAUCCUGCAACCGACACCCCUGCCCCACCCAGUGGAGAGUUGGGCCGUGGUCGCAGUGCUCGGUGACAUGUGGUAAUGGGACCCAGCAGAGACAGGCUCUGUGCCACACCAGGGACAACACCAUCGGCCUGUGUCUGGACAGUAAGCCUGACACCAUCAGAGUCUGUCGCCUGGAUCCAUGUCCCAAGGGCUCAUCAGACCUCAACAAGAACGGCAACAUCCUGAUCCAGUGGCUGUCUCGCCCCGACCCCAACUUCCCGAAGAUCUCCUCACGCCAGCGUUGUCAUGGAGACCGCUCCGUGUUCUGUCGUAUGGAGGUGCUUAAACGCCACUGCUCUAUACCGGAGUUCAAGCGCAUGUGCUGCAAGUCCUGCAGCAGUGCCACCGUUACAGAGCCUCGACCCAACUCUACCUCCACAUCCACCCCCAUCACCUCCAUCCUGCCCAGUGUUACAGCCCCUCCACCCACCAGCACCCUCAGCUCUGACCUCAGCACCAUUCAACCCACCGGAGCUGUCAGCACCACCAUUAUAGCUUCUACCAUCAAUCCCUGGACCACCACUCAUCCUCCUACCACUACUGCCGCUGUUGCUCAUUCCACCUCAUCCCCACUUAGUGCCACACAAAUGACCACCACUCAUCCUCCAGCUGCCACCAGCUCUCCUGUCCUCCCCACUUUCUUAACCAUAACAACUGCCUCAGUUAGUACAACUUCUACCAGUAUUACUACCCAUUCCCCACCUCUGUCUGCCCCAGACACAGACGAGAACAUGGAUCCACAGUUCCAGAGCACUACAAAUAGUCCAACAACAUCUGGUAUGAUAACUACCACACACUCUCCAGAAACAGCCAGUCCAACUAUGACGAAUCCAACAGAAAGCAGUACAAAAACAGACGCCCCACUAAAAUCGAAGCCCAAAAAGAUUCCGCCAAAGAAAAACCCCAAGAAGGUGAUUCCACCAAAGAUCAAACCUAAAAAGAAUACAUUAAAAAAUACUACAAGAAAAGAUGUUCCACCGAAGAUCAACCCUAAAAAAAAUACUCCCCUAAAAAAUACGACCAGAAAAGAUAUUCCACCAAAGAUCAAUCCUAAAAAGAAUACUGCCCUAAAAAAUACGACCAGAAAAGAUAUUCCACCAAAGAUCAAUCCUAAAAAGAAUACUGCCCUAAAAAAUACUACCAGAAAAGAUAUUUCACCAAAAAUUAAUCCUAAAAACAAUACUACACCAAAAAACACUACCAGAAAAUUUGUUCCACCAAAGAUCAAUCCUGAGAAGAAAACAAAGGGUACUCCUACUUCUACCACUGCUGUUCCUCAUUCCACCUCUUUCUUAUUUAUUACGACACAAAUGACCACCACCCAUUCUCCUGCCUCUACCACUGCUGUUCCUUAUUCUACCUCUUCCUUAUUUAGUACAACACAAAUGACCACCACCCAUCCUCCUGCCUCUACCGCUGCUGUUCCUUAUUCCACCUCUUCCUUACUAAGUACAAAGCAAAUGACCACCACUAAUUUGCCUGCCUCUACCACUGCUGUUCCUCAUUCCACUUCUUCCCCACUAACUACGACACAAAUUACCACCACUCAUCCUCCUGCCUCUACCACUGCUGUUUCCCACUCAACCCCAUCCCCACCCAGUGCCACACAAAUGUUUACCACUCAUGCUACAGCUGCCACCAGCACUCCCGUCCUCCCCACUACCUUUUCCAAAACAACUGCCUCAGUUAUUCUAACUUCUACCAGUGUUACUGCUCAUCCCCUAGAUGAGAACACGGACCCACAGUUAGAGAGCACUACCAAUAGUCCAACAACAUCUGGCAUGAUACCUACCACACACUCCCCAGAAACAACCAGCCCAACUAUGACUAAUCCAAUAUUAAGCAGUACAAAAAUAGACACCCUAUUACAAUCAAAGCCCAAAGAUAUUCCACCAAAGAAAAACCCCAAAAAGGUGAUUCCACCAAAGAUCAAUCCUAAAAAGAAUACUGCACUUAAAAAUACUACCAGAAAAGAUGUUCUACCAAAGAUCAAUCCUAAAAAGAAGACAGAUGCUAAUCCAAAACAGAAAACCCCUGAAAAAACAACACCCAAAAAGAUUACCCCACUAAAGAUUACUCCCAAAAAGAAUACCACACAAAAGACUACUCCCAAAAAGACUACAACACCAAAAACAACUCCCAAAAAGACUACCCUACCAAAGACUACUCCGAAAAAGACUACCCCACAAAAGACUACUCCCAAAAAGACUACUCUGGCAAAAACUACUCCCAAAAAGACUCCCCUUGUUAAGACCACUCUCAAAAAGACACCUCCGGUGAAGGCUACUCCUGAGAAAAAAACCAAACCCACGCCCAAAAAGGAGUCUCCCCCAAAGGCCAAUCCCAAAAAGAACAUUCAACCAAAGACAAAAGUUACAAAGAAAGUGCAAAUAAAAGUUCAAAAGAUCCCAAAACCAGGUACCAAAAAUGCCACACAUUCUCAGGCCAAGGUCGAUCAGAACAAGGCUAAGACUAAUCCAAAAAAGAAAACAGUUAAAACAGUUCCCUCAUAUUAUACCACAGCUCCCACUCCAUAUACAAGACCCGAUCAACUGAGAGAGUACUUCUCUUCCACUAUCACAUCCAGCACUAGUGUAUAUGCAACAGCUGCAGGCGGGCCUUUCCCUGAGUCCAGAAUCAAUGUUACGUACAUCAAUAACAACACAGCAACUUCAGAUGAACCUCCACUGUGGUAUCAGGAUGCUUCAGCCAUAACACCCAGCACUUUUGUUGAUGUUGUAACACCAGCUGGAACCGCUAACUUUGAAGAAGUCAGCAUGCCUAGUGGGACGGUGCCAUAUAGUGAUGUCACAAUGACAAGCAGUGGUGAUAUCACAGUGACCAGUGGGACCAUUCCCAGUGGCGAUGACAUCACAGUGUCCUACAGCAACGGGAGAGUGGUCAGUGACACCAUGGUGCUAGACGACGGCUUCACCAUGGUGAUCCCAACCAUCGACAAUGAGGAUAUGAUGGACCUCGCUUCCUCGCCCUGGCAGGACCUGUCUGAAUACAUUCCUGUGAGCAUCCCUGUUCCCACCACAACCUCAGACCCUGCCACACUCUCACCUCCCACCACUAUCACUCCGACAACAACAAAAACAGCCAUCACAACUGUCACCCGACCUCAGCAAAGACCAGAGGAGAACAGUGAGGACAACUCGAUCGAUGGCAUAUACAACAGGAUCAUCGGCGUGGACAACGACAUCUCCCAGAACAAUCUCAUCCCAAAGCGACGGGUCAACCUCCGAGAGAGGACCAAGAACAAACGCAUUCAGGAGCUUCUGGAGGAAAAGAGGAACUUUCUCCUCAGGAUGAAGAGAGGCCACGCAGCAUGAUAGACCAAGCCUUUUCAUUUCUCUUAUAGAGAUGCCCUGUGUAACUCCCUCUGAACUGCCAUGGUGCUUUCCGUCAGGCCUUUCCGCACAAAAAAACUCUCUGUGUCAUAUCACUCGCAUGACAAUCAGGACUGUUGCAGAGAGAAAAUACUGUGGCCAAAUGUUUGAACAGUUGCUUUGAAUAAAGAAAAGCUCUUUAGAGUACAGACUGUUGCAGAUUUGAAGCAAAUCGCCUCGCCUGUGUAAAUACAAUAAUGAGAAACAGAAGGGAUAAAAAGUGUCCAUCCAGUUUGCCAGUUUGACCAGCACUUUACAAAUCCAAGCUUCUAUCCCCCCAAACCACCCACAGUCUUGUUUGUGGAUUCAAUGGUGAUGUAGAUAAGGUAUAAUGUUGUUUGUAAAAUGGUAUUAUUCCUACUGGCACUUAUUGAGCAACGAAAUCUCCGACCUAAAAUCCAAAUCUCCAUUUCCGUAUUACAUCACAGCUAAGGACUGCAGCUCAUUUCCCCACAAACAGAUAACACAGCUUCUGUAGGACAGGAUGAAAAUGUCUCCUUGUUAAGUGGCCAGCACUCUGAAUACCAUACACACGGCAAAUUGGAGCUUUUGGAGGCCUGGAAGUGAUAUGGUAAUGCAAUACAAUCAGAAAGUCAAAGUUCUGUUAUGGUUUAAUUGAAUUGUAUAAAGUUUACACUGCUUGAAUUGUGUUGCCUUUUCCCAAGCAAACGUCUGUCUGACUGCAAAGGGUCUCUCAUCUCUCAGGAAGUUAAGUUACAGUAAUGUUGAGGGACAUUGCCAAACAUGUGGUGCUUCCUGAAUUUUGAUAAUAUAUUUUGAUAUCUCAUUAAGCUAGGUGGAAAAACAAAAUAAGUGAAGAGAAAAAAAAUAUUGAUUGCAUUUUUGUUUUUCUUUUUUAACGGUCAGUCAAGUAUGGUGCUUUUUUUGUAAGUGUUGCUAAAAGCAAUGUCCCUUGGCAUUCUUUUAUGUACAAGAAGUACAUAUAUAAAAUAUAACAAUAGGAUAAAAAAACCUGUUUGUAUUAACUAUCCAAAUAGAAGCUUUGAUGGCCAGUUUGUUUUCUUUCCUAAAAAAUGUUAUUUUUGGUACACUCUGACGUGCAGCAGCUGCAAAAGCAUCUACGGAUCUUUCUGUACAAUAUCUGUACAUAUGAAAAAGAACUUAAUGUUUAAUAUUUAUUAAAGUUUAAGUGCCUGUGGUAUUUUGCAAACUCA